GCUUGUCUCCCUCGCAAGGUGAACGGGGGUUGUGCCAGGCCAAGGACUCAAACAUAAGCUGGAUCCUUUUUCUCGCAAACGUCUGCCGGUGUCUAUAACAUGCGUUGAGUCGAGCGUUACUCUGAGGGUCACCACAGUCACCUACAAGGACACAACCUGUCAUCUUUGCUGUAUCUACAGAACCUGUGCUGUAUCGAGUGCGUCGGAACAUCGGCCGUUCAAGAUCGUUUAUCGGGACUCGCUACGUUAUCAAGCUCGAGUGAACGGAUUUGGAAGCGGACUUCAAGAUGGACUCAGUUCUCGGUGCCGACUUGAUUACAGCAGCUGCCAGUGGCCACUCUGAGGUCGUUGAGCUCAUUCUCGAAGAGCCCGGGGUUGAUGUGAAUGUGACCGACAAGGAGGGAAACACGCGGAACACGCCUCUGAUCCUGGCGGCAACCGGUGGCCACGUGGAGGUAGUGGAUCUGCUCCUCGAGAAGAGCGCCGACGUGAACCUUCAAGGUCACGACAAUGUUUCGCCAAUCCGUGCAGCUUUAGCUGGCGGACACUCUGAGGUGGCCGAACUCCUUCUCAGAGACCCCUAUUUCGACAUCCGCCGCAGCGGCUGGACGUCGCUCAACUCGGCUGCCUCGCAAGGUUUUGUGAGGGUGGUGAGGCUUCUUCUUGCUAAGGGGGCCAAGCUGGACCAGGGAGACAAGCACGACUCCACUCCGCUCUAUCUAGCCGCCGCCAACGGUCAUGCAAAGGUGGUCAAGAGGCUGCUCUGGGCGGCCCAGGACCAGGUCAAGGAAAAGGGUCUCGAGACGGUACCAGCCCUAGAGAUACCGUCCAGAGGUGGCUUGACGCCCCUAAUUGCAGCCUCGACAGAGGGUCACUCGCAGGUGGUGCGGCUGCUCCUUGACGUGGGCGCCGACCUUGACGCUAUUGGGGAUGAGAACGAGUCGGCGCUCAAGGGUGCCAUCAAAAACGGCCACGCUGAUGUCAUCAAGUUGCUCUAUGAGAAAAUGAAGGAGAUUCGCCGGCAGAAAAGCAAGACACCCACCGAUAAAGCUCUGCCAUUAGGCAGCUCCAUCAAGGGGGGGAACGACAAGACUGGGGCCCUAUAUGAGAACGGGGAAGGGGGUGAUAACACGGGAGAAGGUGAGAACGGGGGAGGGGGUGAGAACGGGGGAGGGGGCGAGAACGGGGGAGGGGGCGAGAACGGGGGAGGGGCCGAGGACGGGGGAGAGGGAGAUGAAUGA